GUUUAACCCGCGACAUUGUUUUCAAAGUUGUCCAAUGACAGGAAAAUCACGAAUAUGGCAACACUGCUGCGCUGCGUGAGCUUACCCGGAAGUGUAUGUCAGCAAACGUGUAAUGUUUAUAAUUUUCUAACGUGGUUUGUCGGUGAGUCAUAGAAACUAGCUAACUAACGUUAUGGACUGGGGAUUGGCGCUCGAGGAGGACAUGGCGCGCGAAACCUCCGCCACGGGAAACCCUGAGCAGCAAUACAACCCCUGGUCCAACCAGUCCAACCCAUGGUCAGAUCCAGGCUGCACCUCGGGAUCUAUAGGGGAGAUGGAAAAGCUGGCCUCAGGGGAUGGACAUCAUGGCACUCACUCGAAGAAGCAAGGCGUCCAGACGGAUGCCUGGACAGCAGACAAAGAUGUUAACACAGAUCAGGAUUGGGAGUCACUGAUGCGGUCAGUGGAUGAGUACAGCACUCACCUGGCCCUGCAAUAUGAGGAGCUGAUGAAGCAGCAACAGGAGGAGGAGGCUGAUCAUGGCAACCUCGUAGACAGCCUGGUUCAGAAAAAAGAUGAGGGGAUCCACCAGCAGCAGAUGCUGCUGGACAAAAUCGAGUCUCUGCGUGUGAAGCUUCAGCUGAACUGUUGCAAGACCACCCGCAAGAACUUUGCAGUCAAGAAGCAAGACCUCAGCGCGGAGAAAAUCAAAAUGGAGGAGGAGAGGAACAGACUGUCUCAGGAGCUGAAGGAGACCACCAGGAAGCUGGCUUUGCUGAUAGAGGAGCAGAACCUGGAAAAGCUUAUGUGGGAGCGGGAGCUAGCAGACUUGAACACUGAGAUGGAGCGGCUACAGAAAGAGUCAGAGGAGGCCACCCAGACAGCUCUACGGGAUGAGAUUGCAGCUCUGGAAAUGCAGAGAGAUGUGACCAUGUCUGAGGUGGACGACUGGCUGAAAGAGGCUGACCAAUACAUCAACACACUUAGAUUUGACCCCUCUCCGCAGCACAUGCAACAAAGGCUGGAGUGGGAGAACAAUGUGGCUGUUGUUCACAGCAGUUUGGCGGGACUGCAGAAUCAGUUCAAGGAGCACCUUCACCUGCUGCAAAAGGGCCAACCGAUGGAAAGCCUCCCUGGAGUCACAUUACCACACUUACCCCAAGUCCCCACGGUGGACUUGGUGAUGAGUCCGAUGAUGUACGCUCCACCCCUCCCCCCUUUUCAAAAUUUCCAGAUGGGCCCUCCUAACGCCGUGGGGAUGCCCUUCCAACCCCAGCAGCACCACCCAGCUGCCUUCAUAGCCCCAGCCAGAUUAACUCCCCCACCUGUCCCCUCCUCUACUCCCCCUACCUCCGCUCUACCGCUCCACCCAGCCACCCCACCUGUUUCCCUGCCCACCACCGUGGCCUCCGCCCAGCCCCUGCCUUUCAGUAACCCUCCUGCUGCUGGCAAACUGGACAACCUGCUGAAGAGACUGGGGGACAUAUUUCCACAGUGCAACAGAACUCAACUCAUGUCAGUGCUGCAGCAGAUUAAGAAUUCCCGUGGCACCAUGGCUGGCAUGUCUAUGGACGAGGUCACACAGCAGGUGGCACAGAGACUGGCACAGAGUGAGAAACCGGCUCCAGGGCCCAUCAGGCCUCUUUCUGCUGCCAGGGACAUUCCUGGUCUUCCAGGCCCAAUCCAUCGUCCUCCAGGCCCAAUCCAGAGGCCUCCUGGCCCCAUCCAGAGACCCACAAAUCCCUCUCAGAGACCUGCAGUAACUCAAGUCUUCCAGACAAGGCCCCCACAGCCUGUGGCUCCCAGUAAUCGUAAGCUGUGCUUGAUGUGCCAGAACCACGUGGAAGUAGACAGCCAGCACCCCAUGAGCUGCGCCCACACUGUUCAUAAGGAUUGCAUCAGUGUAUGGCUACAGUCCAGCAAGAACAACACCUGCCCCUUCUGCCCAGCCAAGUGAAAGGAGUAG